UCCAUUCCGUUUGCAAAUUGCAUGUCCUCUUGAAGCUGCUUCUUUCAGUUCACCUUACGAAAAUACUAUUUUUUUUCUUCUUCGUUAUUUCCGUAAUUAGUUUCUCUUUAAUCUGAGACUGAGAGUUGUUUUGCUACAAGAUAAUCUCCGUACGGAUAUAUUCUCAUUCGGUUGCAUCCAUUUCUGUUUCUUUUUAAUCUUCCAAAUGAAGAUUUCUUCUUUGGAGUUUUGCUGUUGUUACUCCCUCUAAAGCAGCGUUUCUUUCUUCUCUCAUACUUCAACUUGUUCCUUUAUGGCCAUCCGAGGAGUCGAUUUCAAGUGGUAUGAUGGCUUCUUCUUAUCUAUGCUGGCUACAAGUAAUCUUUGUUUUGGUACUGUGGUUGCUGGAAAAUGGAGGAAAGGGGGAAAGAAACUGAAUCUUCGUUGUUUUCUUUUGAGGUUAUAAACAUCCAAACUGGGGGCAGAGGAUUAUGUGGAAAAUAUUUGUUUCAUCUUUUAACAAUUGUUUUCCAUUAGAAUCAUUGUUGCAAUCAAUUGGAAGCGCUAUCAUCUUUGUACAUACCCAUUGCAUAUAUGGAUCGUGGUUGAUUACACUACUGUGUUCAUCUUUCGGCUUUUGAUGUUUGUAGAUAAUGGACUUGCCGCUGGAAUGGGUUUGGAUUUUGGAUGGCAGCAGAGGUAUGCUCGUUUUUGUGGAAGAAUAGUGGUUCUUUCAAUUCUGUCUCUGCUACUUUAUCCAUUUCUUUUGGCUUGGACUGUAAUCGGCACUCUAUGGUUCACCAGUGCAAGGAACUGUUUGCCAGAAGAAGGUCAGAAGUAUGGUUUCCUAAUUUGGCUGCUUUUUAGUUACUGUGGACUGCUCUGCGUUGCUUGUAUGUCUAUGGGAAAGUGGAUGAUACGGAGACAAGCACACCAUUUACGUGCUCAGCAGGGGAUUCCUACUUCAGAAUAUGGGAUUUUGAUGGACAUGAUUCGGGUACCAGAUUGGGCAUUUGAAGCUGCUGGUCAAGAGAUGAGAGGCAUGGGCCAAGACACAGCAUCAUACCAUCCUGGACUUUAUUUGACAACAGCUCAGAGAGAAGCAGUGGAGGCACUCAUUCAAGAACUUCCAAAAUUCAGGUUGAAGGCUGUUCCAACUGAUUGCAGUGAAUGUCCAAUCUGCUUGGAAGAGUUCCAUUUAGGGAAUGAGGUUCGUGGCUUGCCUUGUGCACACAAUUUUCAUGUAGAAUGCAUUGACGAGUGGCUUAGAUUGAAUGUGAAGUGUCCUCGAUGCCGAUGUUCUGUGUUCCCAAAUCUUGACCUCAGUGCCUUAUCCAAUCUCCGAAGUGCUGACUCUGAACGAUCAUAUGCAAGUGUAGUAACAACAACCCAAUAUGUGAGAACUCAGCCUCCCAGUCAGAGCUAUAUAUUGAGAUUGCAAGGUUUUCUCCGUCCAGUCCGAACAGGCAAUGCUGGAGCACCUAAUGAUGCAGAUGUUGCUCUAGAAACUGCUGAGAAUGGAGGCUUAACUGUGGCAGCACAUCAUUCUACAGGCACAGAAACUGCAGCAGGACAUGAGCUUGGUGGUCACUCCACUCCACCGCAACACUGAACUUGUUCUUGAAUUUUCCUUGAGGAUUUUUGCUACAUUUUUCUAACCUCUAGCCGAAACAGGCUAGUCGAUGAUGUUUGAGCAUGGCCAUUGCUAAACACUUGCACUGGUUGUUCAAUGUAAUAAAUGACGUAUAAAUUGACCUUACAAUAGAACGAGUUCUCUGAUGCAAGAGUAGUUAAUUAUGAUCACGUUGGUACCAAAUGCCAUCUUCCAUGUUUUUAGUCAUGUCCACGCCAACAGUGACGGAGCUAUGUUCCCCAGUUAAACAGGAGGGAAAUAAUAAGAUAACUUAAAAUUUAUUUUGAAAUAUAUAAAAAAUUAUUGGACAAAAUGA